AUGCAGAUUGUAUGGGAGCCGUACACGCAUACGCUAGGCUCCCUACCUGCGUAUUGCACUGCUGGGCAGCAUAUUUGGAAGGCCGAGGUGCCGUUGAUAUUCUUUUGGAUAGUGGAGUGGCAUCAUCCUGAGCGAGUCCUCCGUCAGUUUGGGAUGAAACAACCAGUUCCAAGUGUCGUGGAUACGUCGACUACCCUUCACAAGAUAUCCCUUCAGGGUAAAUGGGAGAAGAACUGGGAGGUAGAACAUGAUCCCUUUAUUCGGCAAUGGGCCAACCGAGUGAAUGUAGUUCGCGAGUCCGAUCUCCUAGACGAUGAUGAUACGUAUCUCGUUGAGUACAUGAUGUGGUACAAUCGCCACACAAGGCGGUACAUAACACCAGAGUCUGCGUAUUGGGAACUCAUGGUUCGGACGAUGAUUAGGUCUAUACAGAGGUGUGAUGAAGGUUCUGACAUGCACACUGACCUUACAUUUACACUAGAGCUUGUGGAGGAGCUAGGCCGACUUAAAUUGGCGAAUUCGCUUGCAGAAGCAGUUGACAUUGAUACACAGGCCCCAGUUCGUGGCGGGCAACGUGGUGGGUCUCGUGGGGGUGGACAUCGUGGAGGUGGUCAAGCUGGUCGCAGCCGUACGACCGAGUCGGCUCCCAUCUACGAGGAAGGGAAUGAGGAGGGUGUAGAAGAGGCAUGGCUUGGCGCUGAUUGGGUACUGUCUGAUGACGAUGGCAGGACACCGCGAUGCACGCCUGGCGAUGGUGCUGGGCCAUCCCAUAGCGUCGAUCAUCAGGGCACUGUUCCAGCCCACACUACAUCCCAUGGUGCUAGCACGGACUUUGAGGGCCCUCCUCGUAUGUCGCCCCCAGUUUUCAGUGGAUCUGCCCAUGAUGGUGGAUGCAUAUUUGUCCCCACACCAGGCAUGCCCACCCCACCUCUAGUGCAUGUGGACCCCACCAUGUCAGCUCCAUCUCAAAAACCCCCACGGAGAGGCUGUACAGAUUGA